GCAUUAUUCUCGUUUUAAUUAAACAUUUCGACAGAACCGACAUAACACACAUGUCGAGCCUUGUCGUGACAAUCGCCGAUGGCGGCAGCGGUGACGGCGGCACCUCGACGCCUUCGACUACGCCGGCGUCACGAUCUUGCCAAGAUGUGGCGAAGGAACUCGAUGUAGAUGUCUCCCAAGGUCUCAGCAUCGCACAGAUCAGCGACCGACAGAAGCAGUAUGGGCGCAAUGUCCUGGAGAACGACGAGCCGGAAUCUCUUGUCAUGAAGUUCCUCGAUCAGUUCAAGAACCCACUCAAUCUACUUCUCGUCGCAUCUGGUGGCGUAUCUGUCCUCAUGGGUCAUGUGGACGACGCCAUUUCGAUCGUCGUCGCACUCACCAUUGUCGUCACGGUCGCGUUCGUCCAAGAGUACCGUAGCGAAAAGACGCUGGACGCUCUCAAGGAGCUUGUACCACCCCGCGCGCGGGCCGUUCGGGAUGGACAAACGUGCGAGAUCGACGCGGCAGACCUCGUUCCUGGGGACGUCGUGCUCUUGUCCACGGGGGAUCGCAUCCCCGCCGACGCGCGACUUGUCGAAGCCAUCGACCUCGACGUCGACGAAUCCAGCUUAACCGGGGAAACCCAUGUGGUGACCAAGCACACCAAGUCGAUACAUUCAGCGCACUUGCAUCCGAUUGCCGAGCGCAAAAACUUGGUGUACAUGGGAACGCUGGUGCGCGGCGGCCGCGGCAAGGCCAUCGUGUACAGCACUGGUCGCCACACCGAGUUUGGCCUGGUCUUUGAGGUCGUGGACAACGUCGAGGAGCGCAAGACGCCGCUGCAGGUGCGCAUGGACGCGCUGGCCAAUCAGCUGAGCGCCGUGUCGCUUGGGGUGAUCGGGGUUAUUGUGCUCGUGGGGGUGAUCCAGGGCCAGCCCCUGUUUAAAAUGCUGCAAAUUGGCGUCAGUUUGGCCGUGGCUGCCAUCCCCGAAGGCCUACCGAUUUGCGUUACGGUUACGCUGGCAUUGGGCGUCAUGCGCAUGGCCAAACGCCAUGCGAUUUUGAAAAAGCUGCCGGCCGUCGAAGCCUUGGGGUGCACCAACAUCCUAUGUGUGGACAAGACGGGCACACUCACAACCAACCAGAUGGCCGUGGUCGAAGUGUUUCUGCCUGGCUUGGGGGCCACGCCCGUCGCCCUCGCGCCGUCGUCACCAAUGUCGUCACCAUCCCUCAAAGCCACGUUCAGUCCCAUCUUUCUCAGCGGUGUGCUGUGCAGCAAUGCUGAGAUUGUGGACGGAGACAUCGUCGGCCAAGCGACCGAAGGCGCGAUCGUCCUCGCCGCCAGCCACGUUGGCGUGGGCGACGCCACUUCGCUGCGGCACCAGUACCCCCGUGUGCACGAAAUCCCAUUCAAUUCCGACGCCAAGUUCAUGGCAGUGCAAGUGUCGACUCCGCUAGGAACGACCGAGUGGCACAUCAAGGGGAUGCUCGAGGCCGUGCUGCCCCGAUGUGCCACGUACCAGGACGCAUCCUUCCACAAACAUCCCCUGCUGGUUCCGGACGCCGACUUGAUCGCGCAGACGGCGCGGACGAUGGCGCGGCGGGGGCUGCGCAUCCUGGCUCUGGCCACGGGGUCGACAUCCGUCGAGUCCAACAUGAUCUUUCUUGGGCUCGUGGGCAUCUCCGACCCGCCUCGCCCGGGGGUGCUGCAAACGAUCCACCAGUUGGACGCAUGUGGCGUGACCACUGUCAUGCUCACGGGCGACGCACUGGACACGGCGAGCGCGAUCGCGGCCCAAGUGGGAAUCCUCGUCGACCCCAUCUCAUCGUCAGACGACGUCACAGAAUCGGCGUUGUUGUUGUUUGGUGGUCGUGGUACUGGCGUGUGCUCGGGGCAGGAAUUGGAUGCGAUGACCGACGCCCAAAUCUGCGACAAGGUGCUCACCACACGCGUGUUUUACCGCACGUGCCCCACGCACAAGCUCAAGAUCGUGCGCGCGUUUCAAGCGCACGGGUCGCAAGUCGCCAUGACUGGAGACGGCGUAAACGAUGCGCCGGCGCUCAAAGCCGCCGACAUUGGCAUCGCCAUGGGCACCACGGGCACGGACGUGUCCAAGGAAGCCUCCGACAUGAUUUUACUCGACGACAACUUGACCACCAUCCUGCACGCGAUGGCCGAAGCCAAGGGCAUCUACCACAACAUCACGCGCUUUUUGCGAUUUCAACUCAGUACGUCUGUGGCGGCGUUGAGUCUGGUGGCGCUAUCGACGCUGUUCGACCUGCCGAAUCCUCUCAAUGCGAUGCAGAUCUUGUGGAUCAACAUCAUCAUGGAUGGCCCGCCGGCGCAGUCGCUGGGCGUUGAGCCCGUGGACGCCGACGUGAUGCGCGAAGGGCCCCGCGCUGCCGACGUCCCAAUCAUCACGCGGGACAUGCUCAAGCGCGUCGUCGUGUCGGCCUUGUUGAUUGUAUCGGGCACUCUGUUUGUGUUUGUGAACGAACUCGACGACGACUGGCAAGUCACCAAGCGCGACCGCACCAUGUCGUUUACGACAUUUGUGCUGUUUGACAUGUUUAACGCGCUGAGCUGCCGCCACGAAUCCAAAUCGAUUGUCUUCUCGGUGGGGGUAGGGUCCAAUAAAGCGUUUUGUGUGGCUGUGGGCGCGUCGGUGGUGGGCCAGCUCAUGGUCAUCUACGUGCCGUUUCUUCAAGCGACGUUUCAAACAGAAGCGUUGAGUAUGGCAGACUUGGCGUAUAUGACGGCGAUUGCGUCCAGUGUGUUUAUCGUCGACGAAGUCCGCAAAUGGUGGGAAAAGCAGCAGUAUUCCGUCAUACUUGGGCGAUGGACGACGACGAAGACAGGCGGCGGCGGCCAACGAAAGAAGAAGCACUCCAAGGUCUGCGACGACGUUGAGACAGUGUAGUAGAGGCCACCAAACGAGUACAGUACAGUAGUACUAGUAGUAGUACUAUAUACGAGGAGCUACUACGUAGUAGUAGUAGUACUAUAUAACCCCACGAAAAAGAGCAAGAAUAAUUCGACAGUAUAUAUAUAUAUAUACUCG